AAUGACUCCUACAACUACCAUUAUAACAUCCACAGCACCAACUAUUUUACCACUGAGCAAAAUUCCUCUUCAGUUUUCUUUUCAAGUUGGCAGUCUAGCACCAUCUUGUGUUGAGGGUCAAUAUCUGCCACAGUUCCUCUACCCAACACCUCUACAUGGAGAACUCUUGCAGGCUCGUGUAAAUCAUGAGUUUGAGAUUAGAGUGAAUGCUGUUGCAUCUUUUUCGAGAAUUAUUGAUGUCAUCAUAAGUGGACCAUUAAACAGCACAAAGACCAAAGCCACCACUGGAGAAUAUGUGGUUAACUGGACACCAACUCAAGAAAACUAUGGUCAACACUUUCCAUUUUGCUUCAUUGCAGAGGCCCAGCACAUGUCUGAUAUUUACCAGUCUGAGAUGAGGUGUGUUGUUGCAGAGGUGGUUAGUGAAGGACCCGUGGCACAUGUAACCUGCUCAGCAAACUCAAUGUCAGUCACAAUAUUGAGAUCUUCCAUCCAAAACCUCAGGGGUGACCAACUGAGACUGAUAGAUCCUUCUUGUCAGCUUUACUCCAACAGUACUGAUGUGUACGCCAGCACACCUCUUGAUAAAUGUGGCACUACGUUAGAGGAGACAAACAAUGAACUCAUCUUUAAGAACAAAGUUGUUACAUUUGCUGAUCCCCAGGACAUUAAAAGCAGAAAUAACAACAUAGAAAUUGAAAUUAUAUGCACGUACCAGAAAAAUGCAGACGUUUCACAGGCGUUUGAUACUCACAAGUCUCCUAUCAAAGUCUCAGAAAAGAGUUUUGGCACAUUGAACUAUCACUUUGAGUUUUACCCAACUAACAGUUUCCAAAACAUGACGGAUCCAAGUGCCUACCCACUUGAGUAUGAUGUGGGAGAUAUGAUCUACAUGAAGAUCCAGCCGGACUAUCCAGUCACAAACACUGAGCUGUUUCUUGAGUCCUGUAUGGCUACACCUUAUGAUACUCCCAAUUACCCGGUCUCCUAUCCCAUCAUCACCAAUGGAUGCAACAUGGAUGAAACAGUUCAGUUUUUCUCAAGUCACCAACCAUAUGUUGAGUUUGAAAUGGCGGCCUUCAAAUUCACUGGGUUUCAAGACCAGGUGUUCAUCAGCUGCUCCAUCAUCGUAUGUCAGACAGGCGUUCCCAACACUCGCUGCUCUCAGGGCUGCAUCAACAGCACUGUCGCUCCACCUUCACACAACAUCAACAAAAGAGACGCCCCCAUCCAGACCAGCAAUCACUUCAUCUCCCAGGGACCCAUACGGCUAAGGAGGAGCCCAUCACAGGUCACUGUGAAUCUGGGAUUGAAUGUAAACCUUGCUGUCGUCGCUGGGUGUCUGGUGGCCAUUACUGCUAUGAUUUGCGCUGUGAUCGUCUACACAUCCAAGACGCCCAGGAUCAGAAGGAAAUCCUUGCCAUCAAACGACUUUUAAAUAUGUCAGCAUCUUUCCCAAAGCCUGAUGCAAUAUUUUAACUGUGAAAACACUAUUUCUAAGCUUGUUGGUGAAAAUCUAUUUGGUCAACGUGUGGUUUUCUUGCCUUUGUCGUCAUUGAUAUAUUUUCUGACCUUAAAAUAGGCUUCGAGAACACAUGAGCUUUUUUUGCUAGUGUGCGACAAACACAGGAGUUUGUUGUAGUUUUCAGGAGCUCUGUGUAAAUACCUUCAUACAUACAUUCAGACAUGUCAGAAAAGAAGAACAUUUAUAGAAGUAAAAGACAUACUGUAAAAUAAAAUAGUUUAAUAUAGAUGUGUAAAAUUGUACAAAAAAAUUUGAUUUGCAUAUAAUAAAAAUGUGUGUCGUAUCUGCAGUGAGCACAAACAUGAUAACAGUACUGUAUUGGGAUAAGCAUUAAAGCAGGCAUACAUUUUUUACAGUACUGUAUAUAAAAGGUAUAAAAGCAUACCUCCUGAAAUGUAAAAGUACUAACAUAGACCCUUUACAGUCAAUAUAAACACGUAUCUUUUGAAAAGAAACAUCAGUGACGGCUUUCAAACCUGUAUUUCUCAGAGUGUAUAGCUCCAGUUAAUACUGUAUAUUUUGCAUUGGCAAGACACAAAGUAUUUAAACUAUUUAAAUGUAGGAAGACUUCAGGGUGAGUAAAUGGUGACCUACUUUUCAUUUCUAUUUGAGAAAUUUUCAUCUGAAAUCUGCUUUGUGGAAUGUGAAUUUUCUCCUUAUUGGAAUGUGUUUAUUAACUUUCAGCUUUAAUUUUAUCUCUUUUUGUGCAGUUUAAAAAUGGCCAGUGUUUUAAAUUGAUUUGUGAUAUGGCAUUUCCACAUUUGAUGGCAUGUGGAAAGAAGCUGAAAGUCAUUAAAGAUGAGUUUAAAACAUGAAA